GUUAAGUUAUAGUCUAAUGGGUCCAGAGCAGCUCUCAGGAGGAAGCGGUCCACAUCUGAUUCUUCAGUGAGAAGUUUUCAGGACACUAAGUGAGCAAUGGGUGCUGAUAAUUCUACAACUGAAGAUAUGAUGGCCGUGGAUAUCCACUACUGGUAUAAUAAGUUUAUGCGUGAGUCUCCAUCUGGUCUUAUAACCUUGUAUGAACUUAAAGCAAUCCUCGGUCUUCAGGGACUGAAUGAAGAAGCAAAUGGAUAUAUUGAACAAGUAUUUGCAACAUUUGACAUGAAUAAGGAUGGGUACAUAGACUUUAUGGAAUACGUUGCUGCACUAAGCUUGAUCUUAAAAGGAAAAAUCGACCAGAAGUUGAAGUGGUAUUUCAAAUUAUAUGAUGCUGAUGGAAAUGGAAAGAUUGACAGAGAAGAAUUGCUUAGCAUAUUUAAGGCAGUACAAGCUAUCAAUAGGCAUACUGACAUGUCGCCAGAAGAGAUCACAGCCUUGGUAUUUGAUACGAUAGACAAAAAUGGAAAUGGUGAAUUGACAUUAGAAGAGUUCAUCAGUGGAGCGCAACAACACCAGAUGAUCAUGGACAUAAUCAAAAAGACCCUCGACCUUUCAAAUGUCCUGAAAGUCAUCAAAAGUGGAAGAAGGAACAGUGUUUAAUAAACACUCUUUGCAGACUAGCUCCAUUACUUUGUUUGGGAUUCUGUACUUGUAAAAAAAAAAAAAAAAAAAAAAUUCUUAGACACUGUGGCGGAGUUUCCCGCCCCUAUUUAUUUAUUUAUUAUUAUUUGUAUUUUUGUUUGUGGCGCGGAUAAAAAUACAAAUAAUAAUAAAUAUAUAUAUAGGGGCGGGACACUCCGCCACAGUCACUGUAGGGGAAGAAACCUCUCUAAGCUUGCACUGUUUUCCUGUAUUGAUUAUGAAUAAAUAAAUAUGCAGGAAAGCUGUUGAAGAAAGAACUAGAACAUGGGAAUAUUCUGUACUGCAAUGAUGCCACAUGAUAAAUGGU